AUGGGUGAUAAUUUAGCAGAGCUUGCUGCUGCUAAUUCGUCGUUAUCGAACUUACAUGGAGCAGAAAUAACAAAGCUUUCUGGAAUUGUUCGAAAUGUGCCUAUCAGUCAGAAAUUUGAAAAUUUCGAAAUAUGCUCCUCAGCACUAGCACUUUCGAUAAACUGGCAUGGACGCCCUCAGACGCGAUUUUCUCUGAAGCUGAGUGAAGUUCUCCGAUGCCGUGUCAUCGAGUUCUGGAUGAUUUGUUGA